CGCCUUCCUGGGGUCCCGAACGGCUGCAUCGCCGGGGGGUGCCGCUGCCAGCGCUGAGCACCAUCCCUUCUUCCCUGGGCGCUGGGAGCGACCCCUUCCCCGUGCUUCCCCGGUCAAGCAGGCUUUGGAAACCUGCCAUCUGCACCGGAGCUGCUUUACCUGCCUCCCAGGCAUGCGGACGCCGGCGGUGAUGAUCGUGGGGCUGGUGCUGUGCCCCUGCGGGCUGCUGCUGACUUUCACGGGCACGCUGGCGCCCAACUGGAGGCAGGUGAGCCGUAUCCCCGACCAGCCCACCGACGUGGUGCUGGAGCAGGGCAUCUGGGACGUGUGCAGCGAGCGGCAGAGCAGCCACGUGCGCCACUGCGGGCAGGCUGACGAGCUGGGCUACUUCGAGCAGAUGGCCGUGCAGGUGGCCCGGGGGCUGAUGCCUGCCUCGCUGGUGCUCACCCUCCUGGGCUUGGUGGUGGCUGCCCUGGGGGUGCGCUGCUGGCGGCAGGAGCCACAGCACGCACUAGCUGGGGUGGCGGGGCUCAUGCUGCUCCUCUCCGGGCUGCUGAGCCUCAUACCCACCUCUUGGUACACCCACGAGCUGUGGGCGCUGCCCGCGCCGGCCAGCAGCACAUUGGCCGUGGGCUACAGCUUGGUGCUGAGCUACUUGGGCAGCUGCCUGGAGAUCCUGGGCGGGCUGGCCCUUGCCCUCAGCUUCCACCACUGCUGCCAGGAGCGACGGGCCCUCAAGUCUACCCCCAGCCCCAUGCCAGCACCUGGGAGCCACGCCACUGCCAGGGCCUACCACAACCCCGCGGAUGUGCUGCAGGACGAGCGAGACGGCCGGAGAUGGAGGAGCACCCUGCCUUGUGACUCUGACCUUUAG